UGGAAAAAUUUGGUGUAUAAUUUUAUCAAUUAUGAAUUAAAAUUUUUUAUUAGUGCUGGCUUGACAUGAAAAGAAAUGCAAAAGAGAAGACAUCUAUUUGUGGUCAAAAAAUUCUUUGCCAUCUUAAACAUCAUCUUUCAGUUCUUUCUAAUGCUUUGAUUGUGAUUAGAAUAGCAUAUCUGUCAGCCAUUUUCACUUUCGUGUAGAGAUCUCACAUGCUCAACUCAAAGUGAGUAGGAACUCACAUGGUGAGAUGAUAAAGCAUGUGAGUUAUAACUCAAGACUACCAAUUUGAUGUCAGAGUGUGAGAUGGUACCAUGCGACACCUUUAACAUGUUGGGAAUUCUAACACAAAAAACUCGAGACUAAGGGCCCUGAUUGGUCUCGGUUCCUUGUCCUGUUUCCAAGUGAAAUUCAACACCAACUCAAGUCAUAGGAAAAUGUCAACGUCAACAUUUAAUUCAGUGCUGAAUUCUGAUACUAACUGGAUGGGGUUGAUCUUAGGACUUGCAUUGUUUAGCAGUUUCCAUCAUAGUCAAAUUUUCAGUUGUGGAGCUAUCUUAAACUUCCUGUUCGUAGGGAUUUCCCGUCACACAGAUUUGAAAGAGAGAUCAAAAUGUCAAAUCAAGGAUUUCCUGGCACUCAUACAACUACGACGACAACUGCUACAACAACCAAAGUUACUCCCGUGAUUCGAUUUGAUCACAGUUAUGUUCUCAAAUUGCCAGGAUGGUUAAAGUGUGGAGAGUGUCUGAUAAGUUUAUUAGGAUUCAUAUGCAGCCGUUCUUCACGAUAUAAUGAAUCUUCAUCGGCAAAUUGGUAUGGAUUUGUUUCAAUGACAGCAUUUUGGGUAACACUUAUCCUCUUAGUAAUGUAUCUAUUCCAUAUCAUUGAAAAGAUUCAUUUCAUUCCUUGGAUUCUGGGUGAAUUUGUAUAUUGUGCUAUUUGGACACUCUUUUACUGUAUAGCAGCUAUUGUUGUUGCUGCUAAAGCUUCUGGUGAUGAUGCAUAUGCUGCAGCUGCUGUAUUUGGAUUUAUUGCUAUGGUUAUAUAUGGAGUUGAUGCAUUUUUAAAAUAUAAAGCUUGGAGACGUGGUGAUAUAGCUCAGGGUGAAAGAGUUGUUUCUACAACUACUACUACACAGACUGCAUAUUAAAAAAA